UAAACGUUGGAAAUGUACCCAUCUCUUCAACUUACCCAAAGCUUUGGCACCAUUCAUCCAUCAAUCCGUCAGGCAUAGAUGUACGACAAGCCAAGAAAAAGUUAACUCCGAAUUGGUUGAAGUGCUUUUCAGGAUUCCCAUCAUUCUGGAUGCCAAGUUCCUCCACUUUCAGGCAAACUAGUUUCUAAUGAAUCUGAUGUGAUUCCGAAUGUGGCCGUGUCCUUCCUUCCUUCCUGCUAAUUCACUCCAAUUUAUAGCAACCCAAGGAAACGAAGGAAAGAGAACGAAGUUUCCAGAUACCCCCCACACCGCAGGUAUCUUCCACAAAAAUGGACGGAAGAAUAGUGUUGAAAGCGGAAUUCUAUCGAUAGAGACGUAGAGACCCUUGUUACUCUUUACUGUUACCGUGUUGUACUGUUCACGAUGAAGGAAAGAAUUUGCAGUUCUUCCUACAAUUUCAGUGCGUUUCCAAGUCCUGGUGUUUCAAAUUACUGGGAAAUCAAUGUAAUGAACCAAAGGGGUUGUAGCUCCGAGCGAAUACCUCAUCCUAAUAGCAACACCCGGCGGAGGAAUGCCUCUGUCGUUGCCUUCUCACCCUUUUACGGUAGGACGCCGCCCUCCAAAUGGGAGGAUGCUGAGCGAUGGAUUAGUAGCCCUGUUAUGGGCAGUGGCUUCAGCAGGAGUUUUCAGUCUCACCUACAGAGAAGACCAAAGGGAUCGUCAGAAGUUUGUAUUAUGACACCCCCCGAGAAUAGGGGUUUUGCCACCUCCAAACUGGGCUCUGCUCUUUCCACUGGCGUGUUGGUGGCUGAUGGGAUUUCUAUCUGCUAUGGCGGUAGCAUUGAAAGGGGACAAUCUUAUCCAGAGUGUACCAUCCAACCAUUAAUUUCCGCACCCAGAUGGUCAAAUUUACUGAACAACUCGCCACUGCCAAGCUUUCAAGAUGAAAAACAUGAUGGUUCCGAGGAGACAAUGGAUUCGGGCGUCGUUACACGACGGAAUGUGGCAACCCAAAUGAGCGGUGGUGAAGAUUCCACACCUUCAUCUCCUCAGGGGAAUGCCUCACUUCCCUCUUCAUCCCCUUCAAUACACCAAUGUAUGGUUGGAAAAGAGAGGGAGCAUUGUUGUAAACAAGAAGUGAGAGUUGUUGAGGUAGACAGGGGAGCCACGGAGAUGCAGAGAUCCAAAGGGGAGGACUUCCCACACCUUGGAAACAUGAAUGAAAAUGCUACGGGAGCUAUUCAGGUUUCCAAGUUGCAGAGAGAAGAAAGCAAGAUAAGAGCAUGGGAGAAUUUGCAGAAGGCGAAAGCUGAGGCUGCAAUACGCAAACUGGAGAUGAAACUUGAAAGGGCGAGAUCAUCAUCAAUGGAUAAGAUACUGAAGAAGCUGGGGAAGGCACAGAUGAAAGCACACAGAAUGAGGAACUCAUCAGAAUGCGAUGGAAACCAGAGAGCUCGCAACACAAACAACUUCCUCCCCUUCCACAACCACGUGUGGAUUGGUUUCCUCAAGCGUUGGUUCAUCUGCCAUGCUUCCUGAUUUCUCCAGGUAGCAUCUGAAGCUUUUGUGGUCUGUCUUUACAAAUUUACAGACUAGCUUAGCUUCGUAACUUGGUUGGUUUUUUCAUCAUUACUUGUUUU